AUGAAAAUAUUAUAUUUGUUACAGUCCGGAACGAAUACUCUCAUCUUUGCUUAUGAUCUUAUCGAUUCUGAUAUGUGUCAGCCAAAUGGUGAUAUCUACUAUCAUAAAACUCGACGAGGUAUACAUGUAAUACCACUUCGCUCCUAUGCCAAUCCACCAUCAGAGGACAUGUUUGUUGAACUUGAUUCGUUCGACUUCCGCUUGGAUAAUGUCAGUUAUGAUACUAAUCCAUUUUAUAUACCAUUAUAUAGUUUUUGCAUUACUAUCUACUUCCAUCUACUGACACAACCCAUUCUUGCAAAGUUUUCAAAGUGUCAUCUGGUUUUACAACUAUACGUCAUGUAAUUGAUGUAUGUACCAUAGAUAACUUGUCUUAAUAUCUAAUUUAAUCGAAUCUUAUCUCUAAAACACAAGAUACUCGUCGAUAAAUCUACUGAGGAUUUAAUACAUUCAAUAACCACGUACGAAUGUGAUUCUACAGUCACAUUCGAUGAUAACAAUUUGCCUGAAGGUGAUUGUUAUGAGAGUUCUCAAUUUUCCAUGUGUUUGCCAAACGUUGUCGAUGGAUGGACAGCCGGCGAUUACCACGUAAGGCUAUUUGAUAAUUAGAACAACGAGCUUUAGUGCACAGUUGUAUAUCUUAAGAUGGCAGAAUUUUCUGAGGAAGCUGGCUAUCCCGUUGGUGGUAAUUUUUCCAUCAAAUAUUAUGUGCUAUCGGUACACUUUGAAAAUUCACGGCUCAUCGCAUGUACAAUCGUUCUUUAUCAAAAUAGUAAACUCAAUAGUUGUCUGGUUCUGUUUUCUCUAAGAUAAACAUGACAAUUCGGGAAUGAGAUUUUAUGUUGGAAAGACACUUCGGAAGUACGAUAUUGGCCAUAUUACGAUGGGUACAAAUUCAAAUCCUACUGUUAUUAUUAUUCCGACGAAUGUCGAUCAAUUCGUGAUCGAUUCUUAUUGUCCUA